UAUUUAAAAAACUAUAAAAGUCAUAAACACCAAAAGUCAUAGCAUACUAGUCCAGAUCCAGCCGCACAAAAUGAUAUAACAUAUGUGAACCUUGUCUUAAAACUGUGAGGCGAGUUACGCGUAACAGUCUCUCAUUACAUUAUCACCAAAUCAUCCAGAUUGUAGCCUGUGCAAGAUUUUCUGGAAGACUUCCCAUUUAGAUAUACAAUACAGAGCUUGGCAGUGGCUUAAAGUGUCUCUAUGUGCUUUAAGUCAUGUGCUGAAUUAUCAAAUUAAAAUUGAAUGUGAUAAAAUACUCUUUAUUAUCACCUGUUUUUAUCCUCAUCUUUCUUUCAUCUGCCACGUACUUGCAUUUAGUACAUACCUGCAUCUUGAAAUGUAAUAUGAAUAUAUUUUUAGCCAGAAAGGUUUUUUUGUUUGUUUGUUUUUUAAGUUGGGGUUAGUUCUAAUGUUCUUCAAGCUACAUGCCAGUGGUAAAUGAACAUAAUGACACAGAUCUAAACCAUUAAGUUCUGUUGUUCUAAUAACAACAUAGCAAUGUCACUGAAACUUGAUAUGUAGUCAUAUGAUAACAAAGAGAGGGAAGAUGUUCAGAAUUGAGGGAAUUGUAUGACCAGAAGGGAACAUAGCAACCAACUACCUUGGAAUCCCACAUACAAAAAGAAACAAAAGGCCACAAGGAACCAUCUUAAAACAUACCUUGCCAGGUGGCUAGCACUAACUACAGCCUGACAACUGAGGACGGUGACCUCAUCACGUGCUUCAAAAGAUUAUCUAUAGUCCCCAUGCCAAAGAACAAGCCCUCAUGCCUUAACGACUACCGGCCGAUUGCGCUGACUUCUGUGGUUAUGAAGGUGUUUGAGAGGCUGUUGAAGAACAUUAUUUCCUCCUACAUCCCCAGCACCACAGACCCGCUCCAGUUUGCAUACCGACAAGAUCUACAGAAGAUGCCAUCUCCCACGUCCUGCACACCACCCUAAGCCACGUGGACAUGAAACGGGGUAACUAUGUGAGAAUGCUGCUUGUAGACUACAGUUCAGCAUUCGACACAAUAGUGCCCCAUAGACUGUUCACAAAGCUGAGGGAUCUUGGACUCAACAACAGUUUGUGUGCAUAGGUGCUGGAUUUCCUUACUGGUAGAUCGCAGGUGGUGAAGGUGGGUAAGUGUGUCUCUGACAGCAUCACUACCAACACAGGAGUGCCACAGGAGUGCGUACUCUUGCCACUACAUACUCCCUCUACACCUCUUGAUUGUGUGGCCACUCAAGGCUCAAAUACCAUCGUGAAGUUUGCUGAUGAUGCUGUGGUGUUGGGCCUCAUCUCCAACAACGAUGAGACAGCCUAAUGGACGAGGUGAAGAACCUGGCAUCUUGGUGCAGAGAAAACCAUCUCCAACUGAACGUCUGCAAGACCAAGGAGCUGGUGGUGGAUUUUAGUAGGAGAAAGCAGCGAGACUACAAGCCCCUGGCCAUCAACGUGGAGAGGGUGCUGUCCUUCAAGUACCUUGGGGUUGACAUCUCCUUAGACCUGACAUGGACUGCUCACAGUCCAAAAGGGCUAGGCAGCGCCUGUAUCACCUGAGACAACUGAGAAAGUUUGGAGUCUCUCCAGGGAUCCUUAGGACUUUCUAUUCGGGCGCUGUGGAGAGCAUCCUCACACAGAACUUUACAUCCUGGUAUGGGAACAGCUGUGUUCAGGACGAAAAGCCCUUCAGAGAGUGAUCUGUGUGGCAGAACACUGCUACAGGUCUGCUUUCCCUUCCCUACAGGACAUCUACAACAGGAGAUGUAGGUCCAGAGCAGCUCGGAUUUUUAAGGACUUGUCCAGGACUCCUACAAACAAUCCAGCACAUUACACUAUGGUGUAAGAUGCUGGCAGGCAGGGUGUACAUUUUAAUUUUUUUAACCAAGUAACUCAUGAGAUGCCAACAUCAGGCAGAAUGAGCAUAAGCUUCAGUAAUACCAAGGGCUAUGAGAAGAGCUAGGAAAAAGUAUGGAGGGAAAAGGCAACGGUGGUCCCUGUGGUAAUCAGAACCCACUGACCCCCAAACUGGGGUAGUUGCUCCAGAUUUCAGGAACAACAUCCAAGACACCUAAGAUACCACAUAGGACCCUGAUUCUCACAGACCUCUGGUAAAGGCCCCAACUUUGAUGGAAAAAAGACUAUAUAUAUGUGUAUAUGCAGGCCAGCCAACAGGUCUGGGUGGGCCCGGGACAACGCUGUCAGCUCAGUUUCUGUUAAUCUCUUUGGUUUUUGCAAUUGCUGCAGAUCACUGAAGGAGUUGCCUUGUCAUAUAAGGCUUUAAAAACAAUUACAAUCACAUUUGCAUUAUCCUCUAUUCACCUGUUGUGUCAUCCACUAUUGUUUUUGGUUUUUACAAUAAACUUAGUUUACCAUUUAUUGAAACCUGCCUGGCAUCACUUUUGAGUCCACACAAUUCGAUCCUUCACAAUAAUACCUGUCUAGUGAUCACAAUGGUUGGUAGUAGUUGAUUGGUUUACAUGUUUGCAUUGUUUCUAUUAUUUAUUCAUUCCUGCAUUUAAUUAAUUUUGCUACUGCUUAUAUUUUGUAUACAUUUCAACUCAACAAAUAUCAGUUAAGAAAUUGCAUUUCUAAUUAAGCAAGUAAUGUGUGGAUUCAUCUCUUCUCAGCAAUCAUUAAUAUAUUACACAGAUCCUGACAUUUGAGGUCCCCACUUUGACCAUGCCCAUACCCCACCCACCUACUGUCUACUGCAGCACGUCAAGAUGGCGGAGUGACAUUGCAGUUUGUUUUAAAACAUAAACAAUAAUUUCAUACAUCUACAGUCUGACAUUUUUAUUUCAGUUAUUUUUUUAACGUACAUAUUAAACCAAUUUCAGUUAAGAAAUUGUAUUUCUCACUUAGCAGGUAAUGUGUAGAGUCUUUUCGUUCUCAGCAAUUUACACAUAUCCCGACUUUUGAGGACCCCACCUUGACCAUGCCCAUCCCCCCACAUAGAUGGCCGAGUGACGUUGUACUUUGUUUUAACACACCAAUGACCCGUCAGUGUCUGGUGCGGUAUGUGUAAGAAUCAGCGGAGUUAAUCUGGUGUUCGCCUUGUCCCAAAUCAAGCGCUCCUUUUGUGAUCACCACACCUGCUCUCCUUUGGCGCAUAGACAGACGACAGACCUGUUUCAGACGACAAGCACGUGCGAUACGAGGAGUACAGCUAGCUGUGCAGCAUUAACCUGAAUGGAGGAUGACCCAAGCUUUGCAUCUACCAAUGCCAGUGCUGAAUGCACAGUUGCUGAUGGGACAGAUGCCUUUAACCCUGCACACAAGAAAGAGGUUCAAAGUCGUGGCUUGCCUCGCCUCCAGAAACUCAGGAGACAUCAUAGUGUAUGUGAGCAACGCUACGAGAGGGCACAUAGUAAAAGGUUAAACGACCAGAGGGAGAGGACCUUGUUUCUACACCGUAGCCUCAAUACAAAGAUGGAACAGCAGUUGUCCAGUGACAGCGACAGUACCAUUAUCAUUAAACCCACUUCAGCUGAUUCUGACAUGAAUACAAGUGUACCUGAGCUCAGAAGGACAGACAGUGUUAUUCUUACCAGACAAAUGCUUGGAUGCCCGUCUAUAUCAAGUUCUGACAUCAGUGAGGAAGAAUAUGCUCCUCAAACUGCUGAAGAAAGUGACAGUUCUGCAGAAAGUAUCAUACGACACAAAAGUAAGAAGAAAAAAGCACGGAAAACUACUUCAGGUAACUCUCAGGAAGAUGUCCGACAACUGAAGAGAAGGUGUACCGUAACUAAAUGCAAUUCCUCAAAUUCAAAUGCUAAAGAAUCCUCUUCACUUGAUGCAGAAGACACAAACACAUCUGCUUCAUUUGAUGACACCAGAGAGUCCACUUCAGCUGAUUGUUCUGAUGUGACGGUUAUGACACUAAGGAAGAAGAAACAUGGUGGCAGAUUAUACAACAAAAAGUUCUACUGUAAGUUUUGCUGUAAACCUUUCAGCAAGAUGGCACGCCAUUUGCAAUCAAAACACAAAGAUAAACCAGAAGUGGCAAAAGCAAUGGCUUUCCCAGUAGGGUCUAAAGAGCGGAAAAUACAGUUGAGUUUAUUAAGAAAUCAAGGGAACCGUGCCCACAAUAAUGAGGUGAUUAAAAAAGGACAAGGAAUGUUGAUACCUCGUCAACAAUCCAGUGUACCUGUGAAAGCCAGUGAUUACUUGCACUGUAUUAAUUGUCAGGGUUACUUCAAGAGAAGGUCACUAUGGAGGCACAUGCAGAGAUGUCAUCUCAGCAGGAAGGUCAAAGGUUUAAGGCCAGGAACAUCUAGAGUCCAGGCUCCGUGUAAAUAUGCAGAGCCAGUCCCAGACAGUGUCAAUGCACAAUUUUGGAAAUUGGUACAAGUCAUGCAUGAUGAUGAGAUAACAAAUGUUGUCCGCAAAGAGAGUUGCAUACUGAAAUUUGGGGAGCAUCUUUUCAAUAAGCAUGGACAUGAUGCCACUAAACAUGACUAUAUCAGACAGAAGAUGCGUGAGACAGGGCGACUGGUGCUCCAAGGACAGAAAAAUGGCAAGUUGAAAAUGGUGUCUGAUUUCUUUGUACCAGGUAAUUUCCCUCAUGUUAUUGCAGCAGUGAAAAAUGUUGCUGGCUGGAAUGAGGAAACAAACACAUACAAAACACCAUCUUUGGCACUGAAGUUAGGCCACAAUCUCAAGAAAAUAGCAGAUGUUCUUGAAUGUGAAGCAAUGAUCGCUGGUGAUGAGAAUACUAUUCGCAAUGUAAAGGUGUUCAAGCAAAUAUGUGACACUAAAUGGAGUGAGUGCAUAUCUUCAAAGGCUCUCAGAAAUCUGAGUGAGGCAAAAUGGAAUACUCCACAACUUCUUCCCUUUACUGAAGAUGUGAAGAAGAUGCACCAGUAUCUCAACAUACGACGGACGGAGUGUCAUACAAAGCUCAAAGAAGAACCAAAUAAGAAGCACUGGGCAGAACUUGCAAAAAUCACAUUGUGUGAAGUGAUUAUCUUCAACCGUAGAAGAGAAGGAGAGGUUUCCAAAAUGAUUCUUAAUGCGUUCACAUUGAGAGACACUUCAUUGACUCAUCCAGAUGUUGAAUUGGCUUUAACUGACCUGGAAAAGAAGCUUUGUAGGCACUUCCAACGAAUAGAGAUAAAAGGCAAACGUGGAAGAAAAGUCCCCAUACUCCUCACACCUGAUAUGAUGACAUCAAUGGAUUUGCUCGUUAACACUCGCCGAGAUUGUGAAGUAUUAGAUGAAAAUCCUUUCAUGUUUGCGAGACCGAGAGCACUUACUCACAUCAGAGGGUCAGAUGUUGUUCGACAGAUCGCGCAGAGCUGUGGAGCAAAACAACCAGAAGCGUUGUCCUCUACUAAAUUAAGGAAGCACAUGGCCACCAUGUCCAAGAUCCUUAACUUAAAAGACAAUGAAAUGGAUAAUCUGGCAGACUUCCUUGGCCAUGAUAUUCGAGUGCAUCGUGAAUAUUACCGACUGCCUGAAGGGACGUUACAGCUGGCCAAGAUAAGCAAAGUCCUUAUGGCCAUGGAACGAGGACAGCUGUCAGAUUUCAAAGGAAGAAAUCUCGACGAAAUAAUCAUUGAUCCACAAGAGAACGUAGCUGUUGACAGUGAUGCAUCAAACAGUGAAGAUGAGGAUAACACGAGUGUGACAGAUGCUGCGUCAUCUGCUGCGUCAUCUGCUUCACUCUCAUCUGCUUCACUCUCAUCUGCUUCACUCUCAUCUGCUUCACUCUUAUCGACAAAGUCUUCAGACAAAUCAAGGAUGAAAAAGAAUUCUACUACUGAAGUUGGACAAAACAAAUAUCCACAGUCAGACAAAGGAAUGUCAGAUGAAGAGAUGCCACCGAACAUUGAGGUCUGUGUUGAGUCGCACAAAAUAACGGGAGCAUCACAAACCACAAGAAGGAAGUGGACUGAAGCAGAAAUAAAGGCUGUGGAGAAGACUCUAAUGGAGUACAUCAGCUCUGGAAAGGUUCCUGGGAAGGCAGAGUGUCUCAAAUGUAUUGAGACUUCACCAUUAGCAUUGAAAGAGAGACGUUGGGAGGGAGUUAAGUUUUAUGUGAAAAACCGAAUUGAUGCUUUAAAGCGAGAGUCUGUGAAAAGAAGGUAAGAAGCUAAUGUCAAACAAAUGGAACAUAAACAGCUUCAGUUACAGCAGUUAAAAUUUUCUCCUGUUUAGAGAAAAAAAAGGAUUGUUCAUUUCAACCAGGCAAUUGUCACGGUGCUGGGUCGGGGACCCAGUGUUCUAUCUUUGUUAUUGCGGGCUCAUGUUUUGGUCCUUUUGCCCCUUGUGUUAUGCUGUGACCCCUCUGUUCUGUGUCCUGUCAUCCCUGCCUGUGGGCUCCCUCUGUUCCAGUUUAGUCAGGUCCCUGUGUUAAGCCCAUGUCUCUAAGUCUGUCUUCGCAUGUGUGUUUUCUGUUUUACUUUGAAGUUCUGUGCCUCAUGUGGAUGUGUCUUGCUUUGCCCUCGUCUUUGUGAUUUGUAUCAGCUGUGUUCCUCGUGUGUUCUGACGCUCCUUGGUAUUCCCCUGUGUAUUUAUGUCGGCGUCUCCCUCAGUUACAUGUCGCAUCGUACCCUCACCCUGCUGUGUUUCCGCCCGUGUAUCCUGCCUGCUAUUUCCUCAGUUUAUAUUCUCAGUUUAAGUUAGUUUGUGUUCAGCAAUAAAGCUGCUUUUUCGGUUCACUUUCGUCUCCGUGAGUCUGCAUUUUGGGUCCACCAUUUCCUGCGCGUCUACACACAGCCAUGACAGCAAUGGUACAUUAGUAUUGAAAAGAUUGUUUUCUUUGCUGUUCAGGUUAAGUUUGAGCAGGGAGUUUUCUCUCACAUUUAACUACAACUAUAUAAUUUGCUGUGGACUGAAUUAAAGGGUCUGUGAACCCUUUCUAAAACCAUGCAAGUAUAACAUGUGACCAUACUUGUUUAUACUAAGUUUUCUUUUCAGUCCAUGUGUGCCUUUAGGUUUAGUGUAUUAAUACUUUGAGUUUAUGCAAGCAUGAGAUGGAGAAUUUGUUUUUGAUUGGUGGUGUCUUUUUAAAUUAUUAUUGAAUUUGGAAGGCUAAUUGUAAUGAUUAGUAGGGGUCUGCAAAAUCUAAAAUAAAUCUAAAAAAAAUUGAUAAAUUAUAUUUGGAUAAGAUUAGAUAAUAUUGGCCACAUUAAUCAUACAAUUAAAGCAGAAUUGUUGUACUGAAGUAGUCUUAAUUAGGCUGGGGUCUAAAAUACAAAAGUGAUUAAAACUGUCUUAAUGUCUUCUCACAUUCACUGUUUUUAAAUGGGUAGACCACAUGAAGCAGAAUGUUAAAUGUAUGAGCACAUUAUACAUAUUAAAUCUUCAGUAUUUGGUAUCCCCAUGUGGUAUUUUGAUAUUUCAGUAUUUCUUUUUAUACUGUAUAUCUAAAAGAUAAGUUGGGAAGCUAAGCUCUUUAGUUGAAACAUUUUUUAUUGAAAGCAGAGGCCAUUGCACAAAUUUUCCAGUGAACACAUACAAGUGGUAAUGACAAAAUAACAAAAAAAUAUAAAAAUCAAUAAAUGAAAAUAUGUAGCAGACACCAUUCUCUGAAAUCCAACCAGCUUUUGAAAGCUUUUUCAUUAUACCAGCUUUUAUUACUCUGGGUUGUAAAUUCCUAUACAUAGACCCUCUAACUGUAAACGUGCAACUAUGUCACCUGGUGGUGGUUUGUGAAAAGACAUAAAAGCUGUGUCCCCACCAGGUAGAAAAACCUGACAAAAAUUGGAUUUUGUAAAUUAAACAAAUUGUGGUACCAAAAUAGAUGUUUGGGCCCUAAAAAAAAUUAAGAGUUCAAAUUAUGCCUUAAUAAUACCUCUAUUACAUUUAGAAAUGUUGUGUCCCCACGCGUAACCUCCUAGAUGGAAGUCCCCACGUGGCUGGAAAAACGUGUAUGUGUGUGUGUGCGUGUGUGAGUGUGUGUGAGUGUGUGUGUG